CGCACAUCACAGCAGGCGGUGACUUGAACACUGAAGUGAAGCUGCCGGACUAAGUGUCGGGGUUAUAAAGGUACUGAGGGUGAAUUAAGUGACAUAGGAUUGUUUUGCUUCAGAGGACUUUCUAAAUCAGUUUUAUAAAGCAGUUAUUACUCUACUCUCAGGAUGUUAGGUAAAACAUAGGAAGUGUCGUGCUUUUAAAAACCUCGGAGAUAAGUUAGCUCAAAGCAUUAAACCAAACCAACGCUAGCUUAACCGGAGUUUGUAGUUAACGCAAACCAGGUCUGUGUUUUAUUCUCUGGUGAUACAGUCCCAGUUAACUAGCCUAACUCCGACGCGAGCGUUAGUAUCUGGUUAGCUUUUACAUAAUUCAAUUAAAAACUCUUGAGUCAUAGAUUCACAAGUUUUUAACGUGGCUCACGGUUUCACUCAAUCGACUACUACUGUCUGACGAUCAAAAGGAUUUCUUUUGGAAGAUAAAUAAACACUGGACCUUAACUAACCUAUCAUUUGGAGCUGAAUGGCCUCCGUUGUUGCAGUGAAAACUGAGAAGCGACCUGCAGCUGAUUCUCAGGAUGCAGACUCAAAUGCAAAAAAACCAAGGAAACUCCUGCCCAGCUUGAAGACAAAGCGAGCCCCUGAGCUUGUCCUUGUGAUUGGCACAGGGGUAAGCUCUGCAGUGGCCCCUCAGGUCCCUGCUCUCCGCUCCUGGAAAGGCCUCAUCCAGGCCUUGCUUGAUGCAGCAAAUGACUUUGACCUACUAGAGGAGGAAGAGAGUCGGCGUUUCCAGAAGCACAUGCAAGAAGAUAAGAAUUUAGUGCAUGUGGCCCAUGACCUCAUUCAGAAACUUUCCCCGAGAACUGGGAACGUGCGAUCAACAUUUUUCAAGGACUGUCUAUACGAGGUGUUUGACGAUUUGGAGUGCAAGAUGGAGCACGCGGGGAAACAUUUACUGCGCUCUGUGCUGCAGUUGAUGGAGAGUGGAGCCCUGGUCCUCACUACUAACUUUGACAACCUGUUGGAGAUCUAUGCUGCUCACCAGGACACCAAGCUGGAGUCUCUGGACCUGACGGAUGAAAAGAAGGUAUUGGAGUGGGCUCAGGAGAAACGGAGGUUAAGUGUUUUGCAUAUCCACGGCGUUUACACCAACCCCAGUGGUAUUGUGCUGCACCCUGCUGGCUACCAGAAUGUACUGAGGAACACUGAGGUCAUGCGGGAGAUCCAGAAGCUCUACGAGACCAAAUCCUUUGUUUUUCUGGGCUGCGGCCGUACGGUGGACGACACCACCUUCCAGGCUCUUUUCUUGGAGGCGGUCAAGCACAAGUCGGACCUGGAGCACUUCAUGCUGGUGCGGCGCGAGGACGUGGGCGAGUUCAAGAAGCUGCGGGACAACAUGCUGGACAAGGGCAUCAAAGUCAUCUCCUAUGGAGACGAGUACGCUGACCUGCCUGAGUACUUUGAGAGGCUAGCCAAUGAAAUCUGCAACAGAGACGUGUCCACCAACGGCUGGGGCUCUCCCUCACAAAAUGGGGAAGAACAGCAGAACGGAUUCAACACACAGAAGAGCCUUCUUCAAGGUUAGGACUGAAUGCUCCUCUUUGGCUUCAGGCAGUGGCAACUUCCAAGAAACAUUUCCAGAGUAAAACAAUAAAGCUCUGUCAUGAC